AUGGUGACAGGAGGAAUAGUUCUUAGCCAUAAGAUUUCUAACCAAGGAAUCGAAGUGGACAGGGCUAAAGUGGAACUUAUUGAAAAGCUUCCUCCACCCAGUGAUGUCAAGGCAAUUAGAAGCUUUUUAGGGCAUGCUGGCUUUUACAGAAGAUUUAUUAAAGAUUUUUCAAAAAUAGCUAAGCCCUUGAGUAAUCUCCUUGUAUCGGAUACACCAUUUAUCUUCGAUGAAACAUGCAUGUUGGCAUUCGAGCAUUUGAAAGAAAGAUUGUCCUCUGCCCCUAUCAUCUCCCCACCUGAUUGGAACUUACCCUUUGAAUUGAUGUGUGAUGCAUCUGACUUUGCAGUAGGGGCAGUGUUAGGGCAGAGGAAAAAUAACUUAGUCCAUGUAAUAUACUAUGCUAGCAAGGUCCUCAAUGAUGCUCAAAGAAAUUAUACCACUACUGAAAAGGAAUUGCUAGCCAUAGUUUUUGCAUUUGACAAGUUUAGAUCAUACCUCAUUGGUGCUAAAGAGUUUGAUAUUGAAAUCAAAGACAAGAAGGGAGUGGAGAACAAGGUGGCAGAUCACUUAUCCAGGAUUCCUCAUAAGGAAGGGGAAACAUAUGAAAUGAGUGUGAACAAGCUCUUCCCUGAUGAGCAGUUAAUGACAGUGCACAAGGCCCCAUGGUUUGCAGACAUUGCCAACCUCAAGGCAACUGGGGCUCUACCUCCAGGGAUCAAUAAACAUCAAAAGAGGAAGCUCAUGAAUGAUGCAAAAUACUUUGUCUGGGACGAGUCUUAUCUCUUCAAGAAGUGUUCAGAUGGAAUCCUUAGAAGAUGUGUCUCAGAAGAGGAAGGACGAGAAGUACUGUGGAAUUGCCACGGCUCAUGCUACGGAGGCUACUUUGGAGGGGACAGGACUGCAGCAAAGGUGUUACAAAGUGGAUUCUUUUGGCCCACUCUUUUCAAGGAUGCCAAAGAACUGGGAAUAGAUUUCAUAGGACCGUUCCCAACCUCAUAUGCAAACAAGUACAUCUUGGUAGCAGUGAAUUAUGUGUCCAAAUGGGUAGAGGCCAUUGCAACCCCAACAAAUGACAAUAAAGUGGUCAUGAACUUCCUCAGGAAGAAUAUCUUCAGCCGGUUCGGAGUCCCAAGAGCCCUCAUCAGUGAUGGAGGGAGCCAUUUUUGUAACAAACCACUAGAGACUCUUCUCCUACGAUAUGGGGUGAAAUACAAGGUAGCCACACCUUACCAUCCCCAAACAAGUGGACAAACGGAGAUAUCCAACAGAGAGCUAAAGAGGGUUCUGGAAAAGACUGUAGAGUUGGAACACAAAGCUCUUUGGGCCAUUAAGAUACUAAACUUUGACAGCAUUGCUACUGGUGCAAAGAGGAUCUUGCAACUGCAAGAGAUGGAGGAAUUCAGGUCACAAGCCUAUGAAAAUACUAAGAUAUAUAAAGAGAAGGCAAAGAGGAGACAUGACCUGCAUCUUGCACCCAGGGAUUUCGAAAAGGGGCAGCAAGUACUCCUCUACAAUUCCAAAUUGAGACUGUUCCCAGGAAAACUCAAAUCGAUGUGGUCAGGGCCUUUCAUUGUCACAAAAGUCUCACCAUAUGGACACAUUGAAAUCAUGGAUGAAAGGUCAGAGAGGACUUUUACAGUGAACGGACAAUGA